GAUUGACAUACGGUGGUUGUAACUACAGUGUUGGUGCUUUCAACCAACUGACUGCUGUCGUGUGAAAGAGGGGGUCGGUUGAACCGGUCUUCUUUUUUAAUAUUAUUCUGGCGUGUUCCCCUUCACUGUUCAGCCAUGUCUCCAUCGAUACCCUUGCAAGAGAUGAUCCGGGCCAUCAGGUCCGCCAGGACACAGUGUGAGGAGCGGGGUGUCAUCCAGAGGGAGUGUGCAGCCAUUCGGGCUCAGUUCAGACAGGCCGACAAUGGGGCGCGAUCGCACAACCUGGCGAAACUGCUCUACGUGCACAUGUUGGGCUAUCCUGCUCACUUUGGUCAGAUGGAGUGUGUUAGGAUGAUUGCCAGCCCUCGCUACAGUGAGAAGCGCGUGGGAUAUCUGGGAGCCAUGAUGCUGCUGGAUGAAAAGCAGGACGCCAGCCUGCUCAUCACCAACUCCAUCAAGAAUGACCUAUCUCACAGUAACCAGUAUGUACAGUCUCUGGCUCUGUGCACACUAGCCUGUAUGGGUUCAGCAGAGAUGUGCCGAGAUCUGGCACCAGAGAUCGACAGGCUGCUCCGAGCCUCCAACUCCUAUAUUAAGAAGAAGGCUGCUCUGUGUGCUGUUCACAUUGUGAGAAAAGUCCACGAGCUCGGGGAGCUUUUUGCCCCGGCGGCUCGGUCUCUCCUGACUGAAAAGAACCAUGGUGUUUUACAUGGUGCUGUGGUCCUCAUCACUGAGCUGUGUGAGCGCAAUCCUGAGGCACUUGAGCGAUUCAGGAAGACGGUGCCAGAUCUGGUGCAGAUCAUGAAAGGGCUGGUCAUUUCCGGUUAUUCUCCAGAACAUGAUGUGGCAGGAAUCAGUGACCCCUUUCUACAGGUUCGCAUCUUGAGGUUGCUGAGAAUCCUCGGACGCCACAACGAAACAGCCAGUGAUGCCAUGAACGACCUUCUUGCUCAGGUGGCGACCAACACUGACAGCACUAAGACUGUCGGCAAUGCUGUGUUGUACGAGACUGUUCUCACGGUGCUGGACAUCAAGUCAGAGAGCGGCCUCCGGGUUCUAGCCGUGAACAUCCUGGGAAGAUUUCUCCUGAACAACGACAGGAACAUUCGGUAUAUUGCUAUGAUGUCCCUUCAGAAGAUUGUAGGGACAGACCACAAUGCAGUGCAGCGCCACAGGGGAACCAUAGUGGACUGCCUGAAGGACCAUGAUGCUUCUGUCAAACGCCGUGCAUUGGAGCUCUCCUUAGCUCUGGUGUCAGCGUCCAACAUCCGCUCCAUGAUGAAGGAGCUGCUCCUCUUCCUCUCCUCCUGCCCUCCUGAGCUCAGAGCUCAGACUGCCAGUGGCAUAUUCAACGCCGCAGAAAGGUAUGCACCCUCCCAGCGCUGGCACAUUGACACCAUCCUGCAUGUCCUCACCACGGCAGGGGGCGACGUGAGAGAUGAGACUGUGCCCAACCUGAUCCAGCUCAUCACCAACACUUCUGAACUGCACUGUUACACUGUCCACAAGCUUUACCGGGCUCUGCUCACUGACAUCUCUCAGCAACCUCUGGUGCAGGUGGCCUGCUGGUGUAUUGGGGAAUAUGGAGACCUGCUGUUGAAAGGAGAGUGCCAGGAGACUGAGCCUGCACAGGUCACUGAAGACGAUGUCCUGGACUCCUUGGAAACGGUCCUACAGUCCCACAUGUCGGCCCCAGCAACCAGAGGCUUUGCUCUCACCGCCACCAUGAAACUGAGCACACGCAUCACCGAUAAUGUGGAUCGUAUCCGAAGCAUUGUCAGCAUCUAUGGCAGCUGUAUCGAUGUGGAGCUCCAGCAGAGGGCAGUUGAAUACAAUGCUCUGUUCAAAAAAUAUGACCACAUGAGAGCAGCAGUGCUGGAGAGGAUGCCUGUAAUCGAAAAGAACUCCUUAGGUCAAACCAAUGGAGAUUUCGCAGGGGAAGCCAUAAAGGCGAUCCAGCCAGCCAUAGUGAAGCAGGGAGAGCCACCACUGCUACUGCAACCUGCUAAUCAGGUGUGUGACCUUUUGGACCUGCUGGGCGGCUCUGAGGAGCCUCUGCAACCCAGUUCAGUGCAGAGUGGCACAGCAUCAGGACUGCCCAUCAACAACAGCAGCACCGCAGGAGGAGACCUCCUGGAUCUGCUUGGAGGGUUUGAACCGACGCCCGCUGCACAAGCUCCUGCAGUGACGGUGUAUGAGAAAGACGGUGUGAAUUUGACACUACUGUGUGAGAAACACUCAGACACUGGCCUCACAGUCACACUCACAGCCUCUAACUCCAAUGACUCGGACAUCAGCAGCUUCACCCUGCAAGCCGCCGUACCCAAGAGUGUCCAGUUACACAUGAAGGCCCCCAGUGGGGACUUCCUCCCUGCGAGAGGCGCAGCUAAGGUGACCCAGAUGGUGGUCCUCAACAACCCAAACAAGGUGAAUCUGAAGAUGAGGGUCCGCAUAUCUUACACCAGCCAAGGAUCAGCCUGUCAGGAUACAGUCCAGAUUGACUCUUUCCCAGGACUGUGACAGCUGUUAGUCACUGCAGCUGGAAUACGACAUCACUCUGCGGAUGAGUCAGCAGGCGUCGCCGUAACUGAGAGCCUGCUGUAAAAACUGAAAGCUGCUUUUUCUCAAACGCCCAGGUUUUUUUUUCUCUUUCUUGUUUUUUUUUUAGGGCAGAGAAACACUGGUUCUUUCACGGGACAUCACAGCCUGGUGUUAGGAGCCUCGGUUUUUCUUCUCUCCUGGAGCUGAAGUAUUAAUGUGAUUAAUGACACAAGCUUUGGAAUAUUCAGGUAAAACAUGGAAAUCAUAAUAAAACUGAAGUUUUUAGUACAUUUUCGGCAACAACUGUCCAUAUAAAUAUUAUUUAUCACCUAGUGUUUUUAAUUAUGUUUACUGUAUUCAGAAUGGUUCCAUUCAUAGUUAUAUACUUUAUAUGGCUUCUGUCCAACAGUAUGAGACACUAAGUCAACUUGCUCCGUGUGUAAACUCCAACGCAGUGAGUUCUCACUGUUCCUGCUUACCUCUUCCUUCUUCGCCUUAAUUGAAAAGCAGCUCAACACUAAUUACAACUCAUGUGAAGUUCUUUCAUCCCAAACAUUUGAUUUUAUAAAGAUUUUAAAAGACUAAAACACAGCCACACGUCAUGAUUUCUCAGUGCAUCCAAUUCAUAAUUUUCCCCCUUGUGCCUUUAACCACCUCAAAUAUUUAGGUUUUCUAAAAGAAAAUAAUAAUGUAGUUUUAUCUUUUCCUGACCAUUGUUCAUUGUACAGACUCCACAUGAAGUUGAUUUAUUUUCUGGAGAAUAUUAAUGUGAUGCAAGAAGUAGAACGGGGCAUGAUGCCGUUUCCAAGGUGUACAUUUUCGAUGUUAAGUAAAGAACACUUUAUUGUAGAGGAACAAAAAAAAGUGGGCAGUCAGAUAUUCGAUUUGAAAAAAGUAAGUUAUGUCAUCACUUUAAAACGAGACUGGACGUAAGCAACGGUGUUCUAAUUCCACUCGGUGCAAUCAGAGUUUGAGAUCAUAACUAAAAUGCACAGAAAUCACCAGGUUAAGGGGUUAUACCAACUGUUUGUAUUGUCUCUGACUCUUCAGUCUCAUGUAAUUUUCUACAUAAAAAAAGAGUUUUCAGGAUCCUCA